AUGAGCCAGUCAACAGAGUCGAAGCUGCCAUACAAAUCAAUGGAAGCAUUCUUUUCGCAUGGUGUGAAUGGUAUGCUACUGAACGCUGCGCUUGACUGUUCGAUCUGUCGAGAGCCGCUUGCCAUCACCCUCGAACAAGGAGGCUGCGCCGCACAGUCCCUUCCCUCUUCAGCCGUGCUAAGUAUGGUUCACACCUCAGUCAAUUUCGAAGAGAGCAAUGAUCUGGAGUCAUCCAGCAACGAACCCACGACAGCAGCAUUCACUGACAACAGCGUUGGACCAGAACAGGCGGUCCGCAUCUCGCCGUGCAACCACACUUUCGGUCGCACCUGCAUCGAGGUGUGGUUCACAACCUCCAAGUCCAACCGCUGCCCCGAGUGCAACCAAGAGCUCUUUCCACAACGACACAUAGAGCUCUUCUUGCGCUUCCCGACCCGCGCAAUGCGCCUUGAAUUCGCCGACUACAUCGAGCAAUUCUGCGGCGACUCGGAAACUGCGGGUCAGAUUAGAGUGGCUUUGAUGAGCGAUUGGACAAGAUCAUUGAUUCGUGAGCUCGCAAUGGAACUGUGGCGGCAGCAGGGAUACGACGUCGAAUACCGGUACGUCGGCGACGCAGAAGCUGGAGAAGAGGAAGAAGAAAUUGAGGUCGAGGACAUGAACGAGGAUGAAGAAGAGGAGACUAAUGAGAUGGAAACUGAUGAGUCUGACAGCGACGACAGCAAAGAGGCUGAAUGCGGCGUGGUAGAACAGGCUUGA